AUGUUUUCAUAAAAUAAUGCUAUGUCUGUUAAAAAAGCAGCAGAUAUGCUCAAAAUAGAAGCAAAGUACAUAACAGCCUACUUGAAGAGCUAAAACAUUUAAAUUAAAAAUAAAAUAAAAGUCGUCAAUGAUCAAUUAGAAUAAAAAUAUCUGCUUGAAAACUUAAAAGAUAACAUUCUAGAAAUUCUUGAUUAAGAUCCUGAGUGGAAAACUUGUGUGUUAAGAAUUUUAUUUCCAAAGAUAAAAUUUGGCUAAAUUAGACAAUUUGAGAGGUAUUUUUUAUCUUUAACAUCUGAAGUCAGGUAUUCAAGUAUUAAAUUCAUUUAAUACUAUGAAGGUGAAAGGUUUUUUGGGAGAGGCUCAUUCAUUUAUAUACAUACUAUUUAUGAUCCACUAAUUUACAUAAAUUUAACAUAUCUUGAAAAGUUUUUGUCAAAUGAUAUUCCAAAUAAAUUUUUUAGCUCCAAUCCAGUUAUUGAUGUUUGUAAAUUAAAAGUAUUUGAUUCCUAAUUUCUCAUAAAUAUGCAGGAUUAAGCAUUCUAAGACUAAGAUUGUAUUAAUUUAGAACAAUAAUAAGAAAGUUUUAAUACAGAUGAUUAUUUUUAAGCUGAUGAUAAUAUUCAAAAUUAUUAUCAAUCUAUUUGA